UUGUUCUAAAAUAAAGUUUGAUACUGUAGACAAAACAAAUUUAAAUGCUUCUUUUACUAUCGAAAAUUUCAAUAAUCAAUCUAAAAAGAAACGAAGAUCAUCCAGCAUUUUGUUGUUAGAUGCAUCUAAUUCGAUGACAAGCUUAAACAACACCUUUGAUAAAUCUGACAAACAAAAUGAUACCAAAUCAAUAAAUGUGACAUUCGAAAAAGAAAAACUAAACGGGACAUAUGACUUAGAAGACAAAAAUUCAUUAAAACCCAAUAAUAAAACAUUUGACAAUACAAACGAUUCACAUAUCAGUAUUAACAGCGAGGACUCUAAAACAGAAAAUUUAAUAAAUAUUACCGCAGAGUUAGUAGAGAGCAGCAACGACGAAAUAUCUUUUAGAAACUCACCAGUAAUGGGAACUAAAAAUUUAGAAUUACCGUUAACACCAUUCAAACGAGAAGGUACUUAUACAAAGGAGAGUCCACCUUACGCUGAGAAAUCAAAUACACCUGACACAAUAUCUAUAGACUCUGGAAAUACAAGAAGUGAUACAUCAUGUAGGACUCCAGAUAGACGUAAAACAUUACAAUCACCAGGUCAUACGCCAUUCGUAAUCAAUAAAGAGAAUAAAACAGUUUUUAACGUAACACGUUCUAUAGAGAAAUCUUUACGAAGGUCUUCAUCUAUGGAGCCAGCGCCCCGGGCAACCAAGGUGAUGUUCUGCAGCCCCACUAACCAGGCCACCGUCAGCUCACAGAUCAAACGGAAGGUGAUUAAAUCAAACAUGAAAGGAUCAAACAAAAGUUUUAUUUUUGAUAGCAGCAUGUCCGAACUCAACCGUUCUGGUCGUAAGCGAUCGUACACGCAGAAUGAUGCGGAGGAGGUGCGCAGCAAGAGAUCUAAACUAGAGGAUGAGAAGAAGUCGGUUGAUAGACUGUCACGUCCCAGGACAUUGAGUGCUACAGUGAAAACUUCAGAACCAGCAACACCAUCAAAGAAACCUGCAAAAACAAAGCCGGAGAACAAAGUAACCCGGACUAAACUACCAAACUUCACUGCGUUACAUCAGAAGCAGUUUGACAAGAUGGAGUCCCUGGACCAGUGCCAGGAGAGGAAGGCGAAGCGCGCGAAGCAACUGCUCACUCCCACUGGAACUGUCAAUAUGCUGGAGAGAACAAGUCCUAAAGAAAAAGACACAGACUCACUUUCAAAUGCUACAAAAGAGAAGCCAAAACCGAGCACACCUUCAAGAAAAUCCAAAACUUUAAAUCUUACAUCAUUAAACCCUGGAUACACGAGAUUUGGAUUCAAAUUGAACACAAGCGUGAAUCCAUUCAGUGUACCCAGUAAAGAAGAAGGUAAAGCGAACGAGAGUAAACUUCUUCCUUCUAGAACGGGCGCUACUUCUUCUAGAAAGGAAGCAGCGAAGCAGACGGUGAUGAGGGAGAAAUCUUUCACAGAACGGAACAGCGCUAAGAGGAAUGACAGCAGAACUUUUAUUAAGGGAGUCAGAACUAACAGGAGGUUCCAAUUGCAGAUGCAAAUGAGAAAUGUCAAUAUGAACUGAAAAUAUUAAACUGUUCAGUUUUCAGGAUAUAAUGCUAACUUAGAAUUCUAAGUUCAUUUACUUAGAUAUGAAAUCUUUGAGUUUUUGGUACUAAUUAAAGUGGAGAAUGAAGUUAAUACGAACUCGGUUAUAGAAACCGUAUAAUCGAAUGGAAUUUGAAAUUAAAAUAAAUGCAUUUGUUUUAAUUUCAAAACAAUUUUAAAUUUUUUAACGCUGUUUGUGAAAAUUGUUCAAAUACCAUAACUUAUAGAGAAAAUGAUUGACAUUUUCUUUAUUGAUUCUGUCUUUUGCCGCCAAAUUGAUAUUAAA